CAUUCAGUGACUUCGGCUGAGCGGGCCUGGCGGCCGCUCAAUCAGUCGUAUAACCGAAGCAGGUCGUGUGUUAUCGCUCUGCGGUCACACGUUUUCACCGCAGUCAAACACAAUUUUACGAACGACUGCGUACGACGUGUCCUUCAAUGUAAAACCCUUGGAAAUAUGAUACGGUCGCGAAAGUCAGCCUCAGGGCAUCACAAAACAAAGGACGACGAUGGCAAGGCGACCAAAUCACGUCAGACUGGGGAAGUGUCUUCGUCCGACGUUGGAUGGGUGGGACCGAUCACCAUGCGCAAAAAAGCAAAACCGGAACUGGAGAAUGUUAGGUACCGUGACAUUUCCCUGCGAAUAUCCGUACAAGAGGUGAAAAACCUGCCCUUUAAAGGCCGAUAUUUUUGUGAGCUUUGUCUGGAUCGCACACUGUAUGCAAGGACGACUAGCAAACAGUCGAAUGGUACAGUGUUUUGGGGUGAGAAGUUUGAGCUCAAUAACCUUCCAGAAAUAUCGAUUAUUACCAUUAAUCUAUAUCGCCAUGGGUCUGUUUCGUCAAAAGAGAAGCGCCAAAGAUACAAAGAUCAAAAUCAAUUUGUAGCCUUCGUCACCAUACCACUGGCGGACUUACCCCCAACCGGAGCCAAUCAGCAAUGGCUUACGAUGCAGUCGACAACCGUUAAUCCCAACCUGACCCACCCAUCUGCGGCGGAUCGUUGGGGCCACACGGGUACCUCUCGCGAUUGUGAAUCUCGAAAUAUUGGAUCACCGAGUGGAGUGCGUUUCCGCAAACGAUCAAUGCCCGUCACGUGCUUUCGCCAUUCCACUUCGACAGCUGCCUUCGGAGUCUUGGGUGGAUUGAUGCGUGCACCGGACACUGGUGAAACUACCGAUGGGAGCUACAAAAAGCGAUCAUGGACAAGUGGAACAGCGGAAACUACAGCGUCCCAUCGUGGUACUGCUUCCGGUCCCAAAAGCGCUUCCGAGGCGACAACCACAUCCCCUAAUUAUGAUCCAAACCGACUCACCUUUUCAUUGUCUGAGUGUUCACCGCCACAGAUCCGAAUUAGUGUGCAGUAUGAGUCGGUCGAUGUGCUGCCGCUGAACUACUACGCUGAACUUCGUGAGUUUCUCAGAUCGCACUCCGCCCUCUUGGUACGAACACUGGAGCCUAUUCUGUCGGCGAAGCAGAAAGAAGAACUGGCUAGCUGCCUUGUGAAUAUACACGAGAAACUACCCCAUUUCAGUGUUGCGACAUUUCUGGCUCAGCUACUCGAAGAAGACAUCAGGCAAAAUGCGGAUGGAGCCAUGUUACUUCGCUCAAAUUCCACCGCCUCUAAGGCAGUCGAGUGUUACAUCAAGCUCGUUGGCUCAGAGUAUUUGCAAAGAGUGUUGAAAAGCUUCAUUGAUCAGCUAUUGGCUUCAACCGAAGAUUUUGAAAUCGAUCCGUCACGUUUGAAGGCAAUCGAUUCCAGUGCAUCUUCCGGGAAGAACGACUUCUCCGCCCAGAUGGGGAAAAACUGCUUCUCUCUGCUAAAACACCUGACGAUCAUCUGGAGGAGGAUCGUCGAAACCAGUGGCAGUUUACCAAUGUAAGC